AUGUUAAACCUAUCAUUAAAACCACUUGGCAGUGUGCAGGUGCGAGCGGUAUCGUCAAAGUAUCCGCGUCCAACUCCCAGACAUUUCAAACGACGAUUAUUCGAGGCGGCACUUCAACCAGAGCUUCCACCAACAGUCGCCAUGUGCAUGCCACCAGGCCUAGUCAAGCGACAGCACACUGAAAAAUCUAAAGAAUAUUCCGAUGUAGAACUAGCUCUGGCGAAUCUAGUACGCAGCUGGAUGGUAAAGGAGGAGUUUCGUGUGUUGGCAGUGUGCCAAUUCUCGCCAGUUCCCGGUAGAACGCUGUGGUUCGCAAAGAACCAGCUGAGGUCCAAGAAUAUCGAGUUUCGAAGCUAUGGAAACAAGAUUUUGAAGAAAGUCUUUGAAAAAACUCCCAUGUCAUCGCUCAACAACGUUCUCGUCGGCUCCAACGCUAUUCUCCUUGCCAAAGAUAUCUCUGCAAUCAAGACUAUCCUUCAAGAAACCGACAAGUUGAAUUGGGUCGAACCCCUUGUAAUGAUGGCUGAUGGAAGAAUAGUGGAUAUGGUUCAAGCUCGUGACCUGGCCAAACUCUCCUCCCUUGAAGAUCUUCGAGCGCAUACUGUACAGAUUCUCGGGCAACAAGUGGCUCAAAUCACCAUCUCGUUGGACACAGCCACCCGACACCUUCCGUCUCUUCUCGAUGCUUAUGCUUCUAGCAAGCAGGAGAAUCAGAAUUAA